AUGGUGCAGCUAGACGAGUCACUGUUGGGAGAUAUCCUCCUCACGUGUCCCACGGAGGGGCUGGCAUGGUGUGUGAACGCGAUUUUGGAAGGAGGGGACAUUUACUUUGAAGAUGGCUGGCAAAACUUUGUUCGGGACAACUUGGUGAAGAGUUUUGACGUUAUGGUGUUCCGCUACCAGAGUCAAGAUGUGUUAAGAGUAGUUCUCUAUGGGGACUCUUGGCGCGAGAAGAAAAGGUGCUCCCAUCCCGAGGAAGUAGGAGAAGAAGUUGAAGUCAAGGAGUGCAACAGAGACGACGACGACAACAAGGAGGAGGAGGAGGACUCUGAGUGUGAGAAGAAAGAGUGCGCCUAUCUUGAGGAGGUAGGACAAGAAUAUUUCAUCCAAGUGUACAACCUAGAGAAGGACUCUCAAAGAAUGAAUCAAGGUGUGUUGAGAGUUAUUCUCUAUGGGAAUUCAUGUCGCGAGAAUAAAGAGUGCGCCCAUCCCGACGAGGUAAGAGAAGAAGUUGAAGUCGGGGAGCGUAACGGAGACGACGUCGACAAAAAGGAUAAGGAGGAGGACUUUGAGUGCGAGAGGAAAGAGUGCGCCCAUCCUGAGAAGGUAGGACAAGAAGUUGAAGUUGGUGAGUGCAUCGGAGACGCCCAUGAUGAUGAGGAGGAGGAGGAUCAUUAG